AUGGAUAUGUGGUCUUUUGCAUUCGCGGCUUCUAUUGCGGCGGCCGAGGCUUGUGGUGAAGAUACAAAAAAUAUGGCUCGACCACCCGACAGUUGGGAAGACGUUUUACAAGGUCGACCAGAACUUCGGUCGCAUAUUCAUAGGUUUGUUCGCGUAUGUAAAGAAAGGAAAUCAGCACAAACGUACAACCGAAGUCGGAGCCCAGAAACCUCGACAGACAGAUGGAGAGAAACGGGGCAGCUGAUGCAAAUUGGUAUGGUGCUCUGGCAAUCUGUUAUGUCGCUACCCAACUAUGAAUCAGAAAUACGACCGCGGAUCCCGCCCCCAGGCCAGUCACACGGUUCGAUGCUUGCUUGGCUAAAGGGUCUCUUCUCUGUCCUGGUCGCACAGCACUAUGGAAACUGCGAGACUGUGGAAGCUAAGAAAGUAAUAGAGGACUUCAUGAAUGACCUGAGAACGUUUAAAAGACGACGAGAACUUUCGACUACUUCACCUUCAUCCGGCCACCAAUAG